GACACCAGUCCUCUGCGUGUCACGGUGAAGACAGCGGCAGCCCGUAGUGGUGUGAGGCAGCUCGAAGCAGAGGGGCGGGGAGGGGGCGCAGCCGAAGCUCACAUUCAUUAACGACCACCGACAACCGGGAAGCCUCCUCCGGUAGCAUCAUACAAGGCGCGGAAGAUGGUCGCGGUGCAGAUGUCUCCUAAUUCAUCUCCGUCGGCGGAGUGGAUCUGCUGCCUGGAUAAAAGGCCCUCAGAACGCUCAGGAGAGGAUGUGGACAUCAUUCUGACCCGACUGAGAGAAGUCAAAGCCUUCCAGAGAUUCCCACCUCCGCUCUUACUGCAGAUCUCUGCCUGUGCCUUUUAUGAAUGCCUGGAGAAAGGCAUCACAUUGUUUCGACAGGGAGACAUAGGCACCAGCUGGUAUGCUGUCCUGUCUGGCUCUCUGGAUGUCAAAGUGUCAGAAACCGCCAACCACCAGGAUGCAGUUACUAUUUGUACACUGGGGAUUGGGACGGCGUUUGGGGAAUCCAUCCUGGACAAUACACCACGCCAUGCUACCAUUGUCAGCAGAGAGAUCAGCGAGCUGCUCCGCAUCGAGCAGAGGGAGUUCAAGAGCCUCUGGGAGAAGUACCGUCAGAGUCUGGCUGGACUUUUGGCCCCUCCUUAUGGAGCUAUGGAGAGUGGAUCCAAUAACGACAGACUCGCAGACAAAGACAACACGAACUCUGACUCUACAAACAAAGCUCACAACAAGAUUCCCUCAGAGAAGCUACAGAGAGCAGGGAAGGUUCUCCGCAAUGCCAUCCUGUCCAGAGCUCCACACAUGAUUCGAGACAGGAAGUACCACCUAAAGACGUACAGACAAUGCUGUGUGGGCACAGAACUGGUGGACUGGCUGGUUAUGCAGAGUGCCUGCGUUCUCACGCGGUCCCAUGCUGUUGGGAUGUGGCAGGCACUACUAGAGGAAGGGGUGCUAAACCAUGUGGAUCAGGAGGUGGGUUUCUACGACAAAUACUUGUUCUACCGCUUCCUUGAUGAUGAAGAGGAGGACACACCAUUACCUAGUGAGGAGGAGAAGAGGGAGAGUGAGGAAGAGCUGCCAGAGACCAUCCUCUUUCUCGCUCAAAUUGGCCCUGACGCACUGCUGCGCAUGAUCCUCAGGAAAUCGCCUGGUCAGAGGACAGGGGAUGACCUAGAGAUCAUCUAUGAUGAGCUGCUUCACAUCAAGGCCUUAGCUCAUCUCUCCAACACUGUGAAGAGGGAACUGGCGAGUGUUGUGAUUUUUGAGUCACAUGCAAAAGCUGGAACCGUGUUGUUCAACCAAGGUGAGGAGGGCACCUCAUGGUACAUCAUCCAGAAGGGCUCUGUCAAUGUGGUUAUCUAUGGCAAGGGUGUGGUGUGUACUCUCCAUGAGGGGGAUGACUUUGGGAAGCUGGCCCUGGUUACGGAUUCGCCUCGUGCUGCCUCCAUCGUCCUGAGAGAGGAUAACUGCCACUUCCUGCGUGUGGACAAGGAAGACUUCAACAGGAUACUCAGGGAUGUGGAAGCCAACACGGUGCGUUUGAAGGAGCAUGACCAAGCUGUGCUGGUGCUAGAAAAGAGUCCUCGCGCCUCCACUCUGGGAAGCAUCAAGUACACUGUGAUAUCAGGAACACCGGAGAAAAUCCUUGAGCAUUUCCUGGAAACCAUGAGAAUGGACAUCCAUCACAGUGAACCAGACCCAGCAGUGGAUGAUUUUGUCCUCAUGCAUUGUGUCUUCAUGCCCAACAGCCAGCUGUGCCCUCUGCUCAUGGCACACUACCAUGCGGCAGCUCCACCUGGCUCUGAACAAGAGAGGUUGGAAUAUGCGCUCAACAGCAAGAGGUUCCUGGAGGAGUUGUAUGAAAGUGUAUCAAAUGAUUCUCGGAUGCUGAGAGCUCUUAAAGACUUGGUUCCUGAUCUGGAGAACAUUGUCAAAUUACAUUCAGAAGAAGCCAAAUCAUCAAAAAAGAAAACCCUGAUACGACAGUUCAGCAACGGAGAGGAAAGGCUGCAAAAGAAACAGCCGAUGAGGAAUCAAGAUGACAUCCUACUGAAGGUGUUCUGCAGUGAUCACACAUACACGACUAUCCGGAUUGCUGUGGCAGCAACAGGAAGAGAAGUGAUCAGCACUGUGGCCGACAAAUUAGGCACCAGUGACGAGCUACUGUUGGUGCACCUCAGCUCUGCUGGUGAGAAACAAAUAUUGAAGCCUAAUGAUGUGUCAGUGUUUUCUGCCUUGAGCAUCAACGGGCGAUUGUUUGCCUGCCCUCGAGACCAGCUCAACGGUCUGACUCCUCUACCAGACCAGGAAGGCCCCUCUGCAGGCUCCAUGUCAACUUUCGAGCUGAUGAGCUCUAAAGACCUGGCUUACCAAAUGACCAUGUUUGACUGGGAACUCUUCAGUUGUGUACACGAGCAUGAGCUGCUCUACCACACGUUUGGCUGCCAGAGCUUCAGAAGGACCAAGGCUAACUUGGACCUGUUCCUGCGAAGGUUCAACCAGGUUCAGCUGUGGGUGGUCACCGAGGUCUGCCUCUGUGGACAGCUCAGCAAGAGAGUCCAGCUCCUCAAAAAGUUCAUCAAGAUAGCAGCACACUGUCGGGAGUUUAAGAACCUGAAUUCAUUCUUCGCCAUCAUUAUGGGGAUGAGCAACCCUGCUGUCAGCAGACUGAGCCAGACAUGGGAGAAACUCCCCACCAAGUUCAAGAAGUUCUAUGCUGAGUUCGAGAGCAUGAUGGACCCAUCCAGAAACCACCGGUCCUACAGACUCACUGUCACCAAACUGGAGCCACCAAUCAUCCCCUUCAUGCCGCUCCUCCUCAAAGAUAUGACAUUUACACAUGAAGGCAACAAGACACUCAUUGACAAUAUGGUCAAUUUUGAGAAAAUGCGUAUUAUAGCUAACACAAUUCGGCAAGUGAGGCACUGUAGAAGCCAGCCGUUCAAUCCUGACAUAUGCCAGCCGAACAAAAAUCAAGUGGAGGUACGGGGUUACGUUAGGAAGCUCUGUGUGAUUGACAACCAGAGGGCGCUAACGCAGCUAUCCUACAGACUGGAGCCUCGACGGACAUGAGCUCCAGAUCUUCCACCGCCAUCGCCUUCUCUGUGACGUUUGCAUAAAAAAAAAAAACAACCUAAAAUACAGUAGCUCAGCAGAACCAGACAUUCAGUAGCAAAUCACAACAGUCAGUGACUUUAGCACUACUAUGGAUCAAGGACAUAUACUGUGCCAUUAAAAGCCUCUUCUUCCUGGACAGACAAACUGUUCAGCUGCUCUACUGUCGCUGUCUCAGCCCCCAGACUACUGAGGGUUUCUGACACACUAGUUAUGUUUGGGACCUGUUAGAUAGAACUGUAAUGUAUAGAACUUGAAUCAGUAUCCCGCAUGACUGAACUUCGUAGGCUUAAUGUUCUAUACAAUGGAAUUCUAUCGGAGUGUCCUGUAAUGUUGUGCUACUCCAGCCAAGCCUGAGUUUACAAUAUAUUGCUGUACCUGCCUGUAAAGCAAACAUUACUCUCCUGAUGGUCCUGCUCAUAGACGGAAAACAUCACAAACUGAAGUCAUCCUGACUCUUCUUUUUCCUCUGUUGAAAUCCAAAAGUACUUAUUGAGAAUCUUUAGGAUUUGAUGUCCUUUAGUCCUUUGAAUAUCAGUGUCCCUUAACUAGUCACUUUUCAAAAGUACUUAACAUCGUAUUAGAUCAAUUGAAGCCCUAAUGGUAUUGCAAGAUGCUCAAACUGGUCACUAUAGUAUUGCAUUUUAUUUUUACACUGGAGUACACUCCUAGAGCCUAAAAGUCAUUCUAGAUGAUAGUCACAUGGUAUGAUCUAUUCUGAGGUCAGUUGUAUAACCAGAUUAAUCAUUUUGAUCUGGAAAUGCUGAUCUGAGAUACAAAGUUGAGAAGCAGUGUGUGCUUUGGGGGAAAAUCUUGCCAUUUUACCAGUUGUGUUCAGUCCGUGUGAUUUUAUUUUUGUAUACGUGAGUGUAGAUUUUGAGUGUGUUCUUCACAAGUGUCAUUUGUUUUCCUUUGAUCUCAGGAGCUGUUGAUGUGAUGGCGUGUGUCGAGAACUGCUGUUAGGCUGGCUUCCCUCAGAGCAGCCUGUAACUGUACUGUAUCUGUAGUCUGCCUUGUAAAUAAAAAAAAUCAAAAAAGCAGAUUUAACAAUUUGAUGACCUUCUUCAAACUGUGUGCCAUUAAUGGGGCCUAGGUUCUCUGAUGCUGGUUGUGUGAUUGUCCAGCUUUUAGAUCCAGUGAAGAAGGCUGCUCUAAAUGCCUGCUCUGGAACUUUAAAUUUUCAUCACUUCCUAAACUGAAAUCAGACAACACGUCUG